AGUCACAGGGCAAAGCACUAAGCUGUGCAGUCACAGAAAGAGUCUAAGGGUGUGAAGGGACAGAGGGGAGAGUGUCCAGGGAAGAGUGUCAAGGGUGAAGAAGGAGGAGACAGGUGGGAGCAGAGGUGUUCAGGGCAAUGGCUGAGGCCAUCACCUAUGCUGACCUGCGGUUUGUGAAGGCUCCGCUGAAGAAGAGCGUCUCCAGCCGGUUAGGACACGACCCAGAGACUGAUGAGGAUGAGGAACUCACCUAUGAGAAUGUGCAAGUGCCCUCAGUCUCAGGUGGGCCCUUGAGCUUGGCUUCUUCUGCAGUAGGGGACAAAGCAGGGCUCCACCCCGAGCAGCCAACUGCGUCCUGGAGCUCCGUGACGUCACCGGCUGCCGGGAGGCUCCUUGCGGGUCGCCCAGCCUGUAUGCAGUACCUCUUUCUCGGCCUGUUCUUCACCAGCCUGCUGUUCGGGGUGGCCGCCAUCUGCCUGGGAGUACGCUAUCUGCAGGUGUCUCAGCAGCUCCAGCAAACGAACAGGCUUCUGGAAACCACUAAUAGUAGCCUGCGACAGCAGCUCCACCUAACGAUGACCCAGCUGGGGAAGAAGGAGGAGGAUCUGCAGGGGUCCAGGAGGGAAGUAGCCCAGAGUCAGGAAGCACUACAGGAGAAACAGAGGGUUUGCCAGACUACCCAAGAGCAGCUACAGGCCUGCCAGUCUGAGAUGGAGAAGACAAAGGAGGACUUGCAAAGUAAGGAGGUGCAGAGGAUGACCUUGGAGCAGAGGCUGAGCAGCAUGCAUGACACACUGAAGCCUUUAUUCACGUGCCCCUUAGGAGAUUCCUGCUGUCCCAUGGGAUGGAUACUGAAUGAGAGGAGUUGCUUUUACAUCUCAUACACGGAGAGAAGUUGGGGGGAGAGCCAAAACUACUGUCAAUCUCUGUCCUCCGACCUGGCCACGUUCGGUGACAUUUCUUAUUAUUUGGUUACAAACCACAACAGCGCAAGUAAGAUGUUGAAGCAAAUUAAGCCACCUGGUUCAUUUUGGACUAAUUACAGCUUUGCUAAGUGGUGGCAGCAGGCUCAAGGCAAACGAGGCACUGGGUAUUACAGUCAAAGCUCAAGCUGUUUUAAGGUACAAAGCAACUGGCCAAAAAUACAGAUGGAUGACUGUAGUUCUCUUCUUCCCUGCAUCUGUGAGAUGACAGCUUUCAAGCACCCUGACAGGGACCACUUUUUGCCCUGAGUUGGGUACUCAUGUCAACAGAAGCCUGCACCCUUCACCCUAACUGCAGUUUGCAGGCCCUAAGAUCAUCUCCCUCUAGUGUUCUCUCACUCUGCCUGGGCAGUGCCUAGCCAAGGGCUGAUCCAUGCCCAACACUUCUAGCCAGCCUGUUGCCUGCUUGAAAUCCUGUCCCAGAAGCUGGACUGUUCCUGGGAAACUGGUGAAGAAGUCACUAGAAGAGAUUUUGGCCUCCCCCAAAACUUCCCAUAGUGGCACUGCAGGGGGGUGGAGGAGGGCGCAUGGGCUGAGUGGAUAGGGGCAGCCCGGAGCCAGCCAGGCAGUUUUAUUGAAAUAUUUUUAAAUAA